ACAGAUGCCCUCAGCCCCGCCCGGGCUGUGAGCCACCCUAGCUUGCUUUGGAGCAGAGAUGAGCUGACCCCACAGGUUCUGCCCAAACUGCAGAGGCUGCAAGCACAAUAAACAGUUCUUGCUGUUGUAGGUUGUGCUACGUGGCAAUAGACAAACGAAGCUGAGAAUGGAGGGCAUGAGGAGGAGGUGGUGAAAGAAAAGGAGGUAGUGAAAGAGAUGCCAUCCGAAGCAACUGUGGAGGUGGUAGUCCAGGGAGGAGAAGCCAGAGACCUUCCUGGCUCCCUUAAGACUCCGAGGAGGAAGGCCUACAAAGAACAUCCACCCGAGGUCCUGAGCAAGCUACACCUGCUGCAGUAUAGGUGGGUUCUGUGGUUCUUCAAGAAUGACCGAAGCCGGGCCUGGCAGGACAACCUGCAGCUAGUCGCCAAGUUUAACACUGUGGAGGACUUCUGGGCGCUGUACAGCCAUAUCAAGCUGGCCAGCAAGCUCUCUUCCGGCUGUGACUACGCUCUGUUCAAGGAAGGCAUCCAACCCAUGUGGGAAGACAACAGAAACAAGCAGGGUGGCCGCUGGCUGCUCAGCAUUGCCAAACAACAUCGCCACAUUGAACUGGACCGUCUGUGGCUGGAGACGUUGCUGUGUCUGCUCGGAGACUGUUUUGAGGAAUACAGCGGGGAAGUGUGUGGAGCUGUCGUGAACAUCCGCACCAAGAGGGACAAGAUCGCCCUGUGGACCAGCGAGGCAGAGAACAAAGCCGGUGUGAUGUUCAUUGGGCAAAUAUACAAAGAGCGCCUGGGCCUCUCUACCAAGACUGUCAUUGGGUACCAGGCCCAUACAGACACUGCUGCCAAGAGCAACUCCUUAGCUAAGAACAAGUUUGUGGUAUGAGACGGGCUUCAGCCACUACUCACUGGGCACCCUCCUCCUGCUGCUUGAUGGACAGGGAAGAAUGCACUGCGGAUGGAUUCUGGGGCGGGGCUUGGGGCUUGGGGGGGCAGACAGCCUGGUUCUUUACCUUUUUUGGAAGGGGUAGAAGCAUCCUUAGAUGAGGUCUCACCUGUUGCCCAGGUUGGCCUCGUAUUCAUGGGCUUAAGCCACUGGGAUUGCCCGAGCUCACCAUUGUGCCUGCGUCCAUAAUAAUUUCUUUAGCAUUUUUUGGGCUCAGGCCUUGUGGCAGCUGGCCAAUACUUACUUAUAAAGUACUCUCGAUCGCUAGCCCUGCGUGUGGCCAUUUGCCAAAGACAGGGUGAAGCAAAGUGCUAGCUCAACCCUGCCAAACAAGGCCAGAAGAAUCCUGCGUGGCCUGAGGCAGGCUCUUCUGCUUUGGAAGAAGGGUUCUGGGCUACUGAUAGUCAGGGUAGGAGUUCAGUUCUCAGUGAGCUUAAAGGCUUACCAUUAUGGGUUACCCUCAUCAGAUCUGUAGCUUGGGUACCCAUCCUAAAACCAGUCACAGUAAUUGGGUCCUUCUCUCCCUCGCUCCCUCCCCUCAAGUAUGGAGGAGGUUAGAGAGGAAACUCGGGCGUUUGUAUAAGGACAGGCAGGCACUGGGGACUGAGAAUGCCCUGCAUAGCCGCCUCAUCUGAAGAAAGUCCUGUGGGGUUCUAUGUCCCUCCUCCUGCUGAAGUGAUGGAUGGACAAACCUUCACGCCAUGAGGUGAUUGCAGUGGUAGCUGGGCUUCACCAUGGUGGUAGAAGGGGCCCACUUUUUUGUAUCUGGUCUAAAUAAACACUUUGGAACAAA